AUGGCCGCGAACUAUUCCAGUACAAGUAACAGGAGAGAACAUGUCAAAACUACAAGCAACCCCCAGCCAGGCUUCUUGGAGCGGCUCAGCGAGACCUCGGGUGGGAUGUUUGUGGGGCUCAUGACCUUCCUGCUCUCCUUCUACUUAAUUUUCACCAAUGAGGGCCGCGCACUGAAGACAGCCACCUCCCUGGCCGAGGGGCUCUCCCUUGUGGUGACCCCUGACAGCAUCCACAGUGUGGCCCCAGAGAAUGAGGGAAGGCUGGUGCACAUCAUCGGGGCCCUGCGCACGUCCAAGCUCUUGUCGGAUCCAAACUAUGGGGUCAACCUUCCGGCUGUGAAGCUGCGGCGACACGUGGAGAUGUACCAGUGGGUGGAAACGGAGGAGUCCCGGGAGUACACCGAGGACGGGCAGGUGAAGACAGAGACAAGGUACUCCUACAACACCGAGUGGAGGUCAGAAAUCGUCAACAGCAGAAACUUCGACCGAGAGAUUGGCCACAAAAACCCCAGUGCAAUGGCAGUGGAGUCGUUCACGGCUACAGCCCCCUUUGUCCAAAUUGGCAGAUUCUUCCUCUCGGCGGGCCUCAUCGACAAAGUUGACAACUUCAAGCCACUGAGCCUGUCCAAGCUGGAGGACCCACACGUGGACAUCAUUCGCCGGGGAGACUAUUUCUACCACAGCGAAAACCCCAAGUAUCCGGAGGUCGGAGACCUGCGCGUGUCCUUUUCCUAUGCGGGGCUGAGCGGCGAUGACCCCGACCUGGGCCCGGCUCACGUGGUCACUGUGAUUGCCCGGCAGCGGGGUGACCAGCUACUCCCAUACUCCACCAAGUCUGGGGACACCUUGCUUCUCCUGCACCAUGGGGACUUCUCGGCAGAGCUCUCACGGGAGCCUGUUCGCGCCACCGUGGCCCCUCCCUCCCUCCUCCUCACCUGGCGACACGGGCCCCUCCUGGUCCGCAGACACGGGAACCAUCCGCUGACCUCGUGCGACGCAGAGCACCGUGGCCCCGGAAGCCUCACCACCUUUCUCUUCCCCACAGUGGACUGGUUCCCCGUCUUCCGAGACCUGGUCAACAUUGGCCUGAAAGCCUUCGCCUUCUGCGUGGCCACCUCGCUCACCUUGCUGACCGUGGCUGCCGGCUGGCUCUUCUACCGGCCCCUGUGGGCCCUCUUCCUUGGCUGCCUGGCCCUGGUGCCCAUCGUCAUUGCUCGGACCCGGGUGCCGGCCAAAAAGCUGGAGUGA